GCAGUGUUCGGCCGGCGCUGAAGACACAUCUAUUUUGUUGGGUUAAAAAAAGUAAAAUAAUGUUUUAAUUAAUUGCCGAAGGGAGAUUAGCUCCUUGAUUCUCUUUUUCCUUCCGGACACUGCCGGGGAAAGUUGUCUCAGUUGUUGUACAAAUGAAGAAGUAAAAUGGAGAGAGCUCGAGGUUGAAAAGUUUUCUCCUUUUUUUUGUCCCCAGGCCUUUCAGCAGCUGUAGAUGCUGCCAGACCUGCUGAGCUUUUCCAGCUACUUCUGUCUUUAUUUGUGGAAAGGCAAAGUCUUUUACAGAAGAAAUGAGUCGUUUAAGAGAUAAUUAAUGAUGUCUUGCGUGCAAAUAUCAAAGCUGCAAAUGUUUUCAGUUGGACAGGGAGCAAAAGGCAAAGUCUACCAAUCAUGGCAGGAAUUAUACCUCGAUCUGGUGGAAGUACAAAUGUUACAGAGAACUGGUUGUCUAAUGGAUCAAUACUGACCUCUCAAGUUCAUGCUGCUGCAGUCAAUGGAGACAGGUGUGCACUGCAUAAACUCAUAGCAGCAAAUCCAAAUAUAAAGGAUGCAGAAGACCAGUUUGGUCGGACCCCACUGAUGUAUUGUGUACUUGCUGACAGAUUGGACUGUGCUGAGGCACUCAUUAAGGCUGGAGUUAAUAUCAACAAAGCAGACCGCAGCCAGAGGACUGCCUUACAUCUUGCAGCACAAAAGGGAAAUUACCGCUUCAUGAAGCUGCUACUUAACCGACGUGCCAACUGGAUGCAGAAGGAUCUUGAGGAGAUGACUCCACUUCAUUUAGCUACACGCCACAAAAGUCCUAAAUGCUUGGCUUUGCUGCUAAAGUCUAUGGCUCCGGGAGAAGUGGACACCCAAGAUAAAAACAAGCAAACAGCAUUACAUUGGAGUGCCUACUACAACCAUCCAGAGCAUGUGAAACUGCUGAUAAAACAUGAUUCCAAUAUAGGCAUUCCUGACAUUGAAGGCAAAAUCCCACUCCAUUGGGCUGCCAGUAACAAAGACACUACAGCCAUUCACACAGUGAAAUGCAUUCUGGAAGCUGCUCCUACUGAGUCGUUGUUGAACUGGCAAGACUAUGAAGGACGAACGCCACUUCAUUUUGCUGUUGCUGACGGAAAUGAUGCUGUAGUUGAUGUUUUGACCUUGUAUGAAGGAUGCAAUAUAACAUCUUAUGAUAAUUUAUUUCGAACUCCUCUGCACUGGGCAGCUUUAUUGGGUCAUGCUCAAAUUGGACACCUUCUACUGGAAAGGAACAAGUCUGGUACUAUUCCAUCAGAUAGCCAAGGAGCCACACCACUGCAUUAUGCUGCUCAGAGCAAUUUUGCUGAGACUGUUGAAGUAUUCUUGAAGCAUCCAUCAGUGAAAGAUGACCCAGACCUGGAAGGACGGACAGCGUUUAUGUGGGCUGCAGGAAAGGGUAGUGAUGAUGUCCUUCGAAUGAUGUUAAGAAUAAAAUCAGACAUUGACAUCAAUAUGGCAGAUAAAUACGGGGGAACAGCUCUACAUGCUGCAGUCCUCUCUGGUCAUGUUAGCACAGUGAAGCUUCUGUUGAAAUAUGGGGCACAAGUGGAUGCCAUGGAUGUGAUGAAACAUACACCACUUUUCCGGGCUUGUGAGAUGGGCCAUAAAGAAGUGAUCCAUACACUCAUUGAAGGUGGUGCAAGAGUUGAUUUGCUUGACCAAGAUGGCCAUAGUCCUUUGCACUGGGCCGCCCUUGGUGGGAAUGCAGAUGUGUGUCAGAUCCUGAUUCAGAAUCUAAUCAAUCCUAACGUGCAGGAUUACGCUGGAAGAACACCUUUGCAGUGUGCUGCAUAUGGAGGUUACAUUAAUUGCAUGGCAGUGCUCAUGGAAAACAAAGCUGAUCCCAAUAUACAAGACAAAGAGGGACGGACAGCACUCCAUUGGUCAUGCAACAAUGGGUACCUGGAUGCUGUGAAGCUUCUGUUGGGCUAUAGUGCCUUUCCUAAUCAUAUGGAGAUCAAUGAAGAGAGGUUCACUCCACUUGAUUAUGCCCUGCUUGGAGAACAUCAGGAGGUUAUUCAGUACAUGCUGGAGCAUGGAGCACUAUCUAUUGCUGCAAUUCAAGACAUUGCUGCUUCCAAAAUCCAAGCUGUUUACAAGGGUUACAUGGUCCGCAAGGCUUUCCAGGAGAGAAAAAAUCUACUCAUGAAGCAUGAACAACUACGGAAGGAUGCAGCUAAGAAGCGUGAGGAGGAAAACAAAAGAAAGGAGGCAGAGAUUCAGAAGGAAAAAAAGAGAUUGGAAUCUGAAUUAAAUGUACAGCAAAAGGUAGCAAAUCUAGAAAUCAAUUGCCAACUUGCAGAUCUUUAUCCAGUAAAUGGAGAGAGCACUUCCCCUACCAUUUCAGAACAUGAUCAGUUGGAGUUGAGAAUUAAUGAAGACUUUAAAAGGAGUUCUAAAAGCAAAUCAGAAAAGACAGCAAGGAUAAGGCCUGUCUUGCAAACUUGGCGGAGUAUAGACACAAUUCGAAGUCACACUUCAUCUAUAGAAACUGGAAAAAGAGAAAUAAAGAACAGAAAAGAACUUAUCAGGAAAAGCUCAAAGGGUACUCAUGUCUGUGAUCAUCAUCAAUACAAUGAAGGAAGCAUUCCUAGUGAACUACACUCUUGUAGACAGCUCACUCCUUCAGAAAAAGGAGAUGCUAACACUGACAGUGAUCGAAGGAUCCCUGAAAGUACUAACAGAUCCAAUGGCUGUAAGUCAAAACCUACUGGCUUUAGAUCAGCCAGUGCAACAAAAAAAUCAGUGAAACAACAAAACCCACCUCCAUUAAUUUGUGGCAGACAUCGUAAAUUAACAUCUGAAUCUUCCCAAGAAUAUGAAGCGCCUUGGACAGGACUAAAGUGCGGUCGAUUCUCACCUGCUGGUUCAAGUCGGCCUGGAAGCGCCAAAUAUGCAAUUGUAAACAGUACUGAUAAUGCUGUCAAUGCAGUGCAAACUGGUGCCCAGUGCUCUGGUACCAUCACUUCUGUUUUGCAUCCUCCAGCCUGUCCAAAACCUAAAAGUCGUAGUGGAAUGUAUGAUAAUACGAUUGAAAAUGCACCUCGGGACAGGACUAGUUAUUUGCAAACUCCUAGCGCUGAAAAAGGUUCAUUUGCCACUUUGAAUGAUAGACGAUCUGAUAUCCAGCUUAUCCCUUUGGAAAUUCGAGUACAAAUAGUGGAAAAGGAGAGAUUGCGAAAAGAGCUGUUUCGGAAGAAGAAUAAGGCAGCAGCAGUUAUUCAGAGGGCAUGGAAAAGUUACAGGAUACGAAAAGCCCUGUUGUUGCUCCUUCGCUGCCGACGUCAGAAUGGGGACAAAGUUGACAAGACAUGGAAGCAAGAGGUGGCUGCCUUCACCAUCCAACUAGCCUGGAGGAAGAAUCUCAGUGGCAAUAUUGUGAAUGUUAUUUCCAGAAAAAGCAGCCAAACAUUCAACAACAGGAGUUGCUGUGCACGGACAGCUAAGCAAAACUCAGUGUUAAAGCAAAUUUAUGGGAAACCUCAGGAAGAAAAAGGAUACAUUUCACAACAAUCACCUCCUUUCAGAAAUGGUCAUAUCUCUGUCCAGAAAACAUCUGGAGGCCCUGUCAAAGGUAUAUUCCGAAGAGUUAGAUCAGCAUGCAGCACAUCCCUCAGUUCUAUGAAUCAAUCCCAACUUAUGCUUGACUUGACUACCUUCAACGGGAACGCACACUUGAGUAAACUUCAGCAUGUUCAGCUCCUGGGAAACACUGGAAAUUCCAAACAGUUCUCCUACAACAUGAGACCACACACUUCAGCAAAGACCUACAAAGCUAGACCAAAAGAAUAAGUUGUGGCGCAGGACUGUAACCAAUACGUACAUUAUGAAAAUGUACCAAAGUCGGUUCAUGGAAUUGUACUCGUUCCCUACGCACUUCACUGAGGCUUAAGCUGUCAAGUACAUUUGGGCAAAUGUUCUUAAGACUUUAAAACUUGGUUAUAGAUUACAGGUAUUAAACAAUGCCAAAGAAUAUGAAAAAUACUCUGUUAAAUCCUCUUAAUGUAACAAGUGUUACAUUAAUGGCGGUUGCUAUUGCACUCCAUUAUGCCAGUAGGCAGAACUGGGUACUGCAGAUACUGGAGAUUAGGGUCAAGAUUAGAGUGAUGCUAGAA